UAAAGACUACAAUUCCUACAAAUCAGAUUUGUAAGAACGGAAGUGACCCGCCUUAUGAUCACGUGGUGUAGAGCAGAAGCCUCCAAUCAGCGUACAGUUGUAUCGCUGCGGCUAAUAUCGACCCCGGGAGAUCCUUGAGUUUCCCAACAUGAGUAGCUCAGAGGAAGUGUCGUGGAUUUCUUGGUUUUGUGGUCUACGGGGAAACGAGUUCUUCUGUGAGGUAGAUGAGGACUACAUUCAGGACAAGUUUAAUCUUACGGGACUCAAUGAGCAAGUUCCCCAUUACAGACAAGCCCUUGACAUGAUCCUGGAUCUGGAACCUGAUGAGGAGCUGGAGGAUAACCCCAACCAGAGUGACCUGAUCGAGCAGGCUGCUGAGAUGCUCUAUGGUCUGAUCCAUGCGCGCUAUAUCCUCACUAACCGUGGCAUUGCCCAGAUGCUGGAGAAGUAUCAGCAGGGAGACUUUGGCUAUUGUCCUCGUGUUUACUGUGAGAAUCAGCCAAUGCUGCCUAUUGGGCUCUCUGACAUACCUGGCGAGGCCAUGGUGAAGCUCUACUGCCCUAAGUGUAUGGAUGUGUACACACCAAAGUCGUCCAGGCACCAUCACACCGAUGGAGCCUAUUUUGGCACUGGCUUCCCCCACAUGCUCUUUAUGGUGCAUCCCGAGUACCGGCCAAAGAGGCCUGCCAACCAGUUUGUGCCCAGGCUCUAUGGUUUCAAGAUUCACCCAAUGGCUUACCAGCUACAGCUGCAGGCAGCCUCCAGCUUCAAGAGUCCCGUCAAAGCGAUCCGCUAAGAACCUGAGCAGGGCGGGAUGGGGUGGGAUUGGGUGUGUUGUGUGUCCGUCAACAUGGCUUCACUCUUCUCCUAUAAUUUUAGAUUCGACCAAGACUAACAUUCAAAUAUGGAGAGAGUGAGACUAUAAAAACACUCUGGGGAGAAACAAAAACCUUACCUCUGAAACACUGUACAGAAAAUGGGGUUUCCUUGUAAAAACAAUUUCAGUUCUUAAUUUCCACAUAGAAAAUAAAGUUAUAAUUAAAGAUA